CGCCUCCUCCUCCUCCUUCAGCGCUGCGUCAGAGGGGCGGCUCCGGUCGAGAUUAGAGUCGAAGCGGCCUGUGUUUAUUCUGCACACUGAGACAGGACACUCUCAGCACCCGCAGUCACACCCAGACCAGAUCACUCAGCAGCAGACAGUAUGGUGUACCAUCCUGAGUUUGAGAAGGCAGGCAAGCAGCCUGGACUGCAGGUGUGGAGGGUUGAGAAUUUUGACCUGGUUGCUGUGCCAGAUAACCUGUAUGGAGGGUUCUACACAGGCGAUGCCUAUGUGGUCCUCAACACCAUCAAACAGCGCUCUGGUAACCUGCAGUACGACCUCCACUUCUGGCUGGGUGACUUCUGCACCCAGGAUGAAAGUGGAUCAGCUGCCAUAUUUACAGUGCAGCUGGAUGAUCACCUGGGUGGAAAACCCAUACAAUACCGUGAGGUCCAGGGACACGAAUCUAAAACGUUUCUGGGCUACUUUAAGAAAGGUCUGCAGUACAUGAAAGGAGGAGUGGCAUCAGGGUUUAAGCACGUUGUCACCAACGAGGUGGUGGUGCAGCGUGUGCUCCAGGUCAAAGGUCGUCGUGUCGUUAGGGCAACAGAGGUGCCGGUCAGCUGGGACAGCUUUAACCAAGGUGACUGCUUCAUCCUGGACCUCGGCAAUGAGAUCUACCAGUGGUGUGGAUCCAAGAGCAAUCGCUUUGAGAAGCUGAAGGCCACUCAGCUUGCCAAGGCGAUCCGUGAUAACGAGCGUAGCGGGAGAGCCCGUGUGUACGUGUGUGAUGAAGGUGUGGAACGAGAAAAGAUACUCGAGGUUCUAGGAGAAAAGCCAGACCUGCCAGAAGGAGCUGAUGAUGACCUCAAAGCAGACUCGUCCAACAGGAAGCUGGCUAAACUGUACAAGGUUUCAGAUGCUAGCGGCACCAUGGCUAUGGCCUUGGUGGCUGAUGAGAACCCUUUCACCCAGAGUGCUCUGGAGUCCACAGACUGCUUUGUUCUGGACCAUGGUUCAGAUGGCAAGAUCUUUGUCUGGAAAGGAAAGGACGCCAAUGUUGAGGAGCGCAAGGCAGCCAUGAAAGCAGCAGAUGGCUUCAUUAAGAAGAUGGGCUACCCGAAGAACACUCAGGUGCAGAUCCUCCCCGAGAUGGGCGAAACUCCACUGUUCAAGCAGUUCUUCAAGAACUGGCGUGAUGUGGACCAGACAGACGGCAUGGGCGUGGCGUAUGUUUCCAACCACAUCGCCAAGAUUGAGAAGGUGCCAUUUGAUGCUGCCACACUGCACGAUUCGCCUGCCAUGGCAGCGCAGCACGGCAUGAUUGAUGAUGGCAGAGGAGAGAAACAGAUCUGGCGUAUUGAAGGUUCUGACAAGGUUCCUGUUGACACGUCCACGUACGGCCAGUUCUAUGGCGGAGACAGUUACAUCAUCCUUUACAACUACAGACAUGGUGGCAGACAGGGACACAUCAUCUACAUUUGGCAAGGUCUGGACUCCUCACAGGAUGAAAUUGGAGCAUCUGCUAUCUUGGCCACACAGCUGGAUGAUGAGCUCGGAGGAGGACCUGUGCAGGUGUCUGGUGCUCCUAUCACUACUCAGGUGCGUGUGGUUCAGGGUAAGGAACCAGCACACCUCAUGAGUCUGUUUGGUGGAAAGCCCAUGGUGGUGUAUCAGGGAGGCACAUCCAGGGAGGGAGGUCAGACCAAACCUGCACAGAAUCGCCUGUUCCAAGUGCGCGCCAACUCAGCGGGAUGCACCCGAGCUGUGGAGGUUGAUGCCGUUUCCUCAAACCUGAACUCCAACGAUGUCUUUGUCCUGGUGACCCCAUCGGGCUGCUUCAUGUGGGUCGGCGUUGGUGCCAGUGACACUGAAAAACGGGGAGCACAGGAGCUCUGUGGCAUCCUCGGCGUCACUACCUCUGAGAUCGCAGAGGGUGGAGAGAGCGGUGACUUCUGGGCGGCUCUGGGAGGAAAGAUGGAGUACCGCACAUCCACCAGGCUGAAGGAUAAGAUGGACAGUCACCCACCCAGACUGUUCGCCUGCUCCAACAAAACCGGACGCUUCAUUAUUGAGGAGGUACCUGGGGAGAUGACUCAAGAGGAUCUGGCCACAGAUGAUGUCAUGAUCCUGGAUACCUGGGACCAGGUGUUUGUAUGGAUUGGUAAUGAGGCACAAGAGGAGGAAAAGACUGAGGCAAUGGCUUCAGCCACCCGCUACAUUGAGACGGACCCAGCCAACCGAGACCGCCGUACUCCUGUUGUGAAGAUCAAGCAGGGCUCCGAACCGCCCACGUUCACUGGCUGGUUCCUGGGCUGGGACCACGACUACUGGAGCAGCGACCCUCUGGACCGCGCCAUGGCUGAGCUCGAGAUUUGAACCCUCACCCCUGACCUUUAAACCCCACUGCCUUAGUAGGGUAGAAGUGGAAGUUGCCCUUUGCCACUGAUUAACAUAUUUCCAUUGGCGUAUCUGGGAGUUGCUGAGAGAUCAGUGUAAAAAGGCAGCUUGUACACCCCGAGCCUUGUCUGUAGUCAAAAGCUUUAAUUUCCAAUUGCACUUUUUUUUUUUAACUGCAUUUUAAACGUAGGCAUUAUGUUUCUAACUGUAUUUAAGCGAAAGGUUGUUGUUUUUAAGGUAGCUCGUGUAAUCUGAGGUGGUAUUCUUGAAUCGUUUUUAUUCAGUAGUGCCGUUUCAGUGCUUCUUUUGAUCAGUCUGUAAAGACCAAAACAAAUCAGAUCAUUUGAGAUGUUUGUGAAUCGCAGAUCCUGCUCCGAUCAUGGAGGAUAAAUCUCAAAUUAAGAAUCACCAAGGAAUUAAGAAUUAUCCUGAGUGUUUACUAAGGUUCAGAAUACUGUUACUCAUCAGAAAAAAACAACAACAGAUGCAGAGAUUCCCGAAAGUGGGUUUUAAUACAAUUUUGCAGCCUGGUUCUUCCUGUAUGUGUGCAUAUAGUUUGUUUUUAUGUGUGAGCAGAUUUUUAAGGGCGUUUAACAGCAAUACUAUCUUCCCUUGUGUGCACCUUCCUGUCACCUUACUCAGAGUUGAAUAUUUGAAAUAAAAUGCUGCCAUUUAUUUGAAUAUGUAGUGCCUGUAAAAAUAAUAAUAACCAAAACAGUCCUAUGGUCAUGAAUUUUUUCCCCCAUAUAGCUAUUCAUAGUGAUGCUCAGGAGUUUCACAGGGAUGCCAUCUGAUUUGGAGCAGUUACCCCCAUCUGCUGCCAGAGGGCACUGCAGAACAGUUUGACAUUAACCCAUCAAAGAACUCCAGGGAUUAUAGAGAUAAUAUUGUGGGACUGGUAAAGACCACACACAGUGUAUGACCAGGGCCUUGUUCUUCGUACAUCUCUUAAUAUAGCUAUGAUAAAAUGACAAAACCAUGAUCAUUCCAAACAGGAUUCAGUUCUUCAGUCACACCCAAAAAUUGAAUUACUUUAGGUGAAUUAAGUUGUUUGGUAACUGCAAAGCUCUUACUUUGCCAGGAAAGGGCAGAUACAUAUAAUCGAGACUAGAAAACAUGAUUAGAGUCCCUGAUUGGGUACAGAAGCCUAAAAAGGUCCAUCAAAAGUUGUUUUAAUAUAGUAAGACAUGUGCAGUUUAUUUCAGAGUAGCUAUGGGAUACUAAAUUGCUUGCACUUUAUCAGUUCUAAUGAAAUUGUGUCCAACUGUUGGUUUAAUUUUGGUUUCACAUCCCCAUGCUAACACUUUAAUUAAAAAAGUAUAUCCAUAAGUAGCAGAGGCUUAUGAACCAUCUACAGCUGUUCAGAUUGCUUUUAGCAAUUGCAUGACCUCAAUUUUAUAAUUGUGUGAUAUAUUUAGUAAUAAAGCAUAUGAUUUUCUGUAUUCAUGAAACACUUCUAAAUGUGCAAUCUAAUCAUGGUUACAUCGAAUAAGUCCUCCUCCAGGUUUGAGCUUAUGGACUGCUUCUUGUCUUGAUAACAAAGAGAGGACAAAUCCAGGAUCAUGUCAAAUCAACAAUCCUCUUACGAGGAACAGGCCCUGGUGGUCUCUGUGUCUCUGCUACAUGUCUGCCCCCUUAUUCAUGACCAGCUUGAUCAUUUGUUUAGAAUAGCAUGAGAAAGAAAUUUCCAGUAUGCAACACUGUGCCAUAGUGACAAAUUCCAGUCUUUGCUGCUUCUGAUUUAUAAACCCUGUUCCACAGAUCUCAAACAGAUGCCCUGCCUUACAUUUGUUACAAUAAAAAACAGCUCUGUGCAUCGUU